UUGUGGUUUCUCCAGCUCCACCCUCUCAGCCCCCCUAGCUUGGUCUACAUAGCUUCCUGCCCCCAGCACUCUGGUUGGCAGCACCAUGACACCAACGGUCCAUCUCUCCUGCUUCUUGGCCCUCCUGGUGGCAAGCCUGGCCCAAGGCAUCAAGGGCUCCCUCAGGAGCCAGGACCCAGGUCCCCGGCCACUGGAGCUGAAAGAGGUCUUCGCUUUAUUCCAGACCCAGUACAACCGGAGUUACUUGAACCCAGCAGAGCAUGCUCGCCGCCUGAACAUCUUUGCGCACAACCUGGCCCGGGCCCAGCAGCAGCAGGAAGAGGACUUGGGCACAGCCAAGUUCGGGGUGACCCCAUUCAGUGACCUGACAGAGGAGUAGUUUGGCCAGCUCUAUGGGCAUCCAGUGGCAGCUGGAAGGGCCCCCAACAUGGACAGAAAGGUAGGGUCUGACGAGUGGAGUGAGUCAGUGCCCCCCACCUGUGACUGGCGGAAGAAGUCUGGUGUCAUCUCCUCUGUCAAGGACCAGAAGAACUGCAAGUGCUGCUGGGCCAUGGCGGCAGCAGGCAACAUCGAGGCCCUGUGGGGCAUUAAACACCACCAGCCUGUGGAAGUCUCCGUGCAGGAGCUAGUCGACUGUACCCGCUGUGGGAAUGGCUGUGAGGGCGGCUUCAUCUGGGACGCCUUCAUAACUGUUCUCAACAACAGCGGCCUGGCCAGUGAAAAGGACUACCCAUACCAGGGGAAAGUCAGAACCCACAAGUGCCAGGCCAAGAAGCAUAAAAACGUGGCCUGGAUCCAGGAUUUCAUCAUGCUGCCGGACUGUGAGAUGAAAAUUGCCAGGUACCUGGCCACUGAGGGCCCCAUCACUGUGACCAUCAACAUGAAGCUACUACAGCAAUACCAGACCGGUGUGAUCAAGGCCACAUCCAACACCUGUGACCCCCACCUUGUGGACCAUUCUGUCCUGCUGGUGGGUUUUGGUAAGAGCAAGUCAGUGGAGGGGAGGCGGGCAGAGGCCGUCUCAUCCAAAUCUCGUCACUCCAUCCCAUACUGGAUCCUGAAGAACUCCUGGGGGGCCAGCUGGGGUGAGAAGGUGAGUGUGAUCUAUUGCAGGGGGACAGGGCAGGAUGGGCCUCUCCCCAUAUUCUGGUCCUAAUGUCUCCUAACUCUCUAGGGCUAUUUCCGUCUGCACCGAGGGAGCAACACCUGCGGCAUCACCAAGUACCCACUUACUGCCCGAGUGACCCAUCCAGUUAAGAGGAAGCAGCAGCUAGUCUCCUGCCCUCCCUGAGCCUACCCCUCAGUGCCUUCCUGCUAUGCCAGUUGCCUCUUUGCUGGCCUCACCCCAAAGUCUUCACCUGUCCUCCCGUCUUGAUAUAGGUUGAAUAAACCAAGAUAAGACCCUAUCUUCCGAGUGAAUGCAGCUGGGUGGGGAAAUGGACGGGGGA